GGCCUCGGGCACAGCGGGGCCUGGGGCGGCUGAGACGCCCUGAGGCGCUGGCUAGGCUUCGGUGGGGUCGCACCUGUUGCGUGACUCCACCACAGUCCAGCUACGAUAGUCCGAUCCUGAACACCCAGAGAGUGUUGAGAGAAGCACAGACGAGUUCCGGGUCCUGCUCUCUGGGGAGCACGUGGCCUGCUCGCCUCCUGAGCAGACAGCUGGAAGUCGGGUCUCCCCGGGGUCUUCGAGGCUAGUUCAGCGGCCGAGGUCCGCCGAGGUCCGUCUCCCGCCUGCGGGCAAUUUUGAAAGACUGCCUUACUUCUUCCGUCUCGGUGCCAGAGCCAGGGAUCCUUGGAGCGACUUGGCCAGGGUCUGGGUUCAGCCCUCCUCCCCUCCCUUGCGACCCCAGCUUCCCGGUUGUGCGGACCCUGGCGGACAGUCUCCCACAUACCCCUCCGGGUUCCGGCAGUAUGGCCUCAGAGGCUCGGGGUGGGCUGGGGGCCCCUCCGCUGCAGUCUGCCCGAUCCCUGCCAGGCCCUGCCCCCUGCCUCAAGCACUUCCCACUCGACCUACGCACGUCUAUGGAUGGCAAAUGCAAGGAGAUCGCCGAGGAGCUGUUCAGCCGCUCCCUGGCUGAGAGCGAGCUCCGUAGUGCCCCGUACGAGUUCCCUGAGGAGAGCCCCAUUGAGCAGCUGGAGGAGCGGAGGCAGCGCCUGGAGAGGCAGAUCAGCCAGGAUGUCAAGCUGGAGCCAGAUAUCCUGCUUCGGGCCAAGCAAGAUUUCCUGAAGACAGACAGUGAAUCAGACUUCCAGCUCUUCAAGGAGCAGAGCGAGGGGCAAGGUGACCGGGGCCUGCGGGACCGAGACGUGGUGCUAGAGCGGGAAUUUCAGCGGGUCACCAUCUCUGGCGAGGAGAAGUGUGGGGUGCCAUUCACAGACCUGCUGGAUGCAGCCAAGAGUGUGGUGCGGGCACUUUUUAUCCGGGAGAAGUACAUGGCCCUGUCACUGCAGAGUUUUUGCCCUACCACCCGGCGGUAUCUGCAGCAGCUGGCUGAGAAGCCUCUGGAGACACGGACCUAUGAGCAGGGCCCUGACACCCCUGUGUCUGCUGAUGCCCCGGUGCACCCCCCUGCGCUGGAGCAGCACCCAUAUGAGCACUGUGAGCCGAGCACCAUGCCUGGGGACCUGGGUUUGGGUCUGCGCAUGGUGCAGGGCGUGGUGCACGUCUACACCCGCAGGGAAACUGAUGAUCAUUGCUCAGAGAUGGAGCUGCCGUACCCUGACCUGCAGGAAUUUGUGGCAGAUGUCAAUGUGCUCAUGGCCCUGAUUAUCAAUGGCCCCAUAAAGUCCUUCUGCUACCGUCGGCUACAGUACCUGAGCUCCAAGUUCCAGAUGCACGUGCUGCUCAACGAGAUGAAGGAGCUGGCCGCCCAGAAGAAGGUUCCACACCGAGACUUCUACAACAUCCGCAAGGUGGACACGCACAUCCACGCCUCGUCCUGCAUGAACCAGAAGCACCUGCUGCGCUUUAUCAAACGGGCGAUGAAGCGGCACCUGGAGGAGAUCGUGCACGUGGAGCAGGGCCGCGAGCAGACGCUGCGGGAGGUCUUUGAGAGCAUGAAUCUCACUGCCUAUGACCUGAGUGUGGACACGCUGGACAUGCACGCGGACAGAAACACCUUCCAUCGCUUUGACAAGUUCAAUGCCAAAUACAACCCCAUUGGGGAGUCUGUCCUCCGAGAGAUCUUCAUCAAAACCGACAACAGGGUCUCUGGAAAGUACUUUGCCCACAUUAUCAAGGAGGUGAUGUCAGACCUGGAGGAGAGCAAAUACCAGAACGCGGAGCUGCGACUCUCCAUCUACGGGCGCUCAAGGGACGAGUGGGACAAGCUGGCCUGUUGGGCCGUGAAGCACAAAGUACACUCCCCCAACGUGCGCUGGCUCGUGCAAGUGCCCCGCCUCUUUGACGUGUACCGUACCAAGGGCCAGCUGGCCAACUUCCAAGAGAUGCUGGAGAACAUCUUCCUGCCACUGUUUGAGGCCACUGUGCACCCUGCCAGCCACCCCGAGCUGCACCUCUUCUUGGAGCACGUGGACGGCUUUGACAGUGUGGAUGAUGAGUCUAAGCCCGAGAAUCACGUCUUCAACCUGGAGAGCCCUCUCCCCGAGGCUUGGGUGGAGGAGGACAAUCCACCCUAUGCCUACUACCUGUACUACACCUUUGCCAACAUGGCCAUGCUGAACCACCUGCGCAGGCAGAGGGGCUUCCACACAUUUGUGCUGAGGCCGCACUGUGGGGAAGCCGGGCCCAUCCACCACCUGGUGUCGGCCUUCAUGCUGGCGGAGAACAUCUCUCACGGGCUGCUUCUGCGUAAGGCCCCAGUCCUGCAGUACCUGUAUUACCUGGCCCAGAUUGGCAUCGCCAUGUCCCCACUCAGCAAUAACAGCCUCUUCCUCAGCUAUCACCGGAACCCGCUACCUGAGUACCUGUCUCGUGGUCUCAUGGUCUCGCUGUCCACUGACGAUCCCCUGCAGUUCCACUUCACCAAGGAGCCACUGAUGGAGGAAUAUAGCAUCGCUACCCAGGUGUGGAAGCUCAGCUCCUGCGACAUGUGUGAGCUGGCACGCAACAGUGUGCUCAUGAGCGGCUUCUCCCACAAGGUGAAGAGCCACUGGCUGGGACCCAACUAUACCAAGGAAGGCCCUGAGGGCAAUGAUAUCCGCCGUACGAAUGUGCCGGACAUCCGUGUGGGCUACCGCUAUGAGACCUUGUGCCAGGAGCUGGCGCUCAUCACGCAGGCUGUCCAGAGUGAGACGCUGGAGACCAUCCCGGAGGAGGCUGGUGUCACCACAAGCCCGGGGCCUCAGUGAGCUUGGCCCACACGGGGCCCCCUGCAUCUCAGCACCUCGACCACGUUUCAUUCUCAGACCCCUCCCACCCUGUUGUGUCUGCAUGUGUCUGUUCUUCUUUGUUCUGUCCCGCAUGUCUCCAGCCUGGAUCUGUCCCUGUGCCACCUCUGUGAAAGUGGUGCCCAGAAUCUGCUUUGCCCUUGUCUGGGCCCGAAGGCCCGGCUUUGCUGGCUGCCCUGCCAAUGGCCCUGUCCCAGGACCCUCUGAAACCUGGCUGUCCUGUGGGCAUCUAAGUGUCCACAGGGGCUAGGGAUGGUUGAGGGGGCUGGCCCCUCUAGCCCUUGGGGUCCUGCCUGGGCAGAUCUUGUCGUGUGUGUGUGUCCGGGGAGCAGUCAGGUGGGGCCCGUGCAUACCUGCUGGGGGUCUGUGGAGCUCCAGCAGCUCUGUGGUGAGCACAGUUGGGCUGAACUCGGUCACAGCCCUCGCUGCCUGGACUCGGGCCUCGGAGGUGCUGGACCACCGCCUCCACCAAGUCACUGCCUAGCAGCCUUCUCCGUCCUUCCUCCGGUCUACAUGCUCCUCUGGUGUCAGCUACCUGUGCUUCUGUGGGAGGGGGCAGCUGCCCUGUGUUGUAUCUGGAGCCAUUGCAGCUGGAGGGUCCUGAAUCUGUCACCAGCCCUGGAGGUGGUAUCCCCACUGUGAUCCCCAGAGUUUUGACCACACCUGAAUCCACUUGGUCCCCUGUGUUGUGUUCUGGACUGAGGUCUUUGCUGUGAAAUGCAGUGUUUCAUACAAUCCCAUCUUUCCUAGUGCAUGAGAAAUAAAGGUUAUUUAAGUAA